UGAGGCACACUCUCUUCUUCUGAAACAAUGGCUCCUACCUACCUGCCUACUACUGACUACUCAAAGCUCUCCAACAAGGAAAAACAUAAAUUAAGAAAACCUGUUGUGGAGAAAAUGCGUAGAGAUCGCAUCAACAACUGCAUCGAACAGCUCAAGGUGAUGCUGGAGAAGGAAUUCCACCAGCAAGACCCCAACACCAAGCUGGAGAAAGCCGACAUUCUGGAGAUGACUGUUGUUUUCCUGAAGCAGCAGCUGCAGCCCCAGAUCUUAGCACCUCAGAAAGCGCACUGUGAUGGCUACUCUCAGUGCUGGAAGGAGACCAUGAACUUCCUGUCUUCCAACUCCAAGCUGGACAUGACACUUCAGCAUCUUAACUGCUGUCAAGAAGUCCAGAAAACAAAAAAAGACCUCCACGUGUCUCCACCUGCCUCACAAGCCAGCCGGAUUUCAGUCAAGCAAGAUACUAGUGUCCACAGAGCUGUCUGGAGGCCUUGGUAGAGACACUGAGCACAGCGGCUUUCUCAUGUUAACCAGAUGGUAGUUUUACCAUCUUUUAUGUAGGAGAUAUGUUAUUUCCAAGGACUUUCGAUAUGGAAUGUGAAAGAAAUGCUUUUCUGUUCAAGAAGAACGUAAAGGGGAAAAUAUUCAAAUUGAAAACUAUUUUAGAGCAUUUGGAAAAUGAGCUUUGUAAGUUUCUGUUGUGUCAAAUAGCUUUUUUUUUUUUUUCUUUUUUUUUGCUUUAUCAAGUAAGAUUUUUUAUCUUUUGUAAGUUUUCCUGAAUUCUGCUUAGAACCUAAGCAUAUUAAUGUGUUGUUGGAUUGUUUUAAUGUAAUCCUUGGUAUUGGCCUUUUGUAAGGGCAAUUGAGAAAUUAUCAUCUCUGUAUUUUCAUGUGCCAUAAAUAUAGUAGACACUGUGUGUCUCUUGUUUUUAAAUAAAGAUCAUUGCUAAAAUGAAUGAAGUGACUUCCCCUUUAAAUGUAGUCAGUGUGUCAUAAUAAACACUGAUAUUUUUUUUUUACCAAGUUCCUUUCAUAUAUUGGGAUUAUAGCCCUUCUAAACUGAAAUGAAGGCUGUUAGCAUUAAAUGAACUUAUAAUUAGGGACAAUCAAUAUUAAUGCAAAAUUGCACACACUUGAUA